AAAGGAGGAUAUGGAUUCCUUUCUGCAACCUGCUGCAGCUCGUAAUCCAAAUCCAAAAUCUCAGUUCUCACUUGCCUUUGAUAAAACUGAGGCUGCGGCCAUACAAGCACGCCGCAUUGCUCUGCAGUAAGCCUUAGAGUUCAAAGGAGAGUGGUAUCCGGCUCCCACAUGCACGGCAACAAAAAAGGGACGACCUCUGGGGCUGACAACGCUCGACUCUUUCUCAGACUCGCCCUCCAUGUGAGGCCGCUCGGUGUUGUCCUCCACAUCCGGUAUAAUCGAGGAAGCAGGCACGAGGUGUGUCAUCGAAAUUGCACACCUCACUCCACUCUGCUGCCCAGCUUUCUGACAAGUACGAGUCUCUACAUGAACCACCUUUUGAUGAUCCGUCUGGCGGAAGGCGGAGGGCGGACAGUGAUUGAACAGUAUCAAUUAUCAAAUAUCAGAACUCGGUUCUUGACUCUGGAUUCCAUUCAAUUCACGAGGUCGGCCCCUCGUCUGUUCAUCCCACGAUGUCUAGGAGCCAUUGAAAAACAGCUCAAGCUCGAAUUUCAAAACUAGCGCAAUGCAGCUUUCCAGAAGCUGAUCGUCUCAAGAUAAGCAAGAAUUACGUCUGGCAAUGUCUCCUGAAUCCACUCUACCUUCAUUCCUGCAUAUACCUGUCAAGAGGUUCAGCAGGCUAGAUCAUGAGCUUAUGUCCGUCCUGCACCUGCGGUGUCCAGAGUCUCCAGUUUAGGGUUACUCUAAGAAGGCUACAACUUCCUUUGCUAAUGAAGACAACUUGUGCCACUCCCAAAGUGCCUCUGGAGUCGGGCCAUAAAAAGUACGUGCAGGCCGAUGGUACAAAGGACGUAAAUAUCACCAAUUGGUUCGCUCGUCUACAGGUCUGCUGCUGACAGGUGGUGCACGAGCAUCGACGUGAGCAGGAAUAAUUUGCAUAUCGAGAGCGCUUGUAGUGAAUUGAAGAGUCUCGGUAUCAUCAGCUGCAGCGUAUGUGGGUUGUGAGCAGCUGAGCGAUCAUGUGGGCGUUGAAUGCUUUCGUUCUGGUCGCUGUUUUGCAAUUGCUUGGAGCUACUGCUGGUACCCUUGAGGCUUAUCCCUCGAAUCAUCUGGAGACCAGUUCGGGAGCAUCCUGUGAAUUUGCUCAAUUGGCUGGUGCCGUAGACGCAGAUGGUCUUCGCACGCAGAUUGACGAGUUGGCGACUUUCUCGGACACUCCGGCUCCAUCUGUAACUCGCAUACUGUACACGGAGAAUGACAUCUCAGCUAGAACGUACAUCAAGGAUUCCAUGAAAUCAGCGGGCCUCACGGUCAGAGAAGAUGCAAUUGGCAAUAUCUUUGGCCGGUGGCAGGGAACUGAGGAGACUAGUGUCGUUGGAACUGGAUCUCAUGUUGAUGCAAUACCAUAUGCUGGCAAAUACGACGGCGUAGUUGGUGUGUUGGGGGCUAUUGAGGCCAUCCGAGCUUUAAGGAAAGUUGGCUUUACUCCACGGAGAUCACUGGAAGUUAUCAUGUUUACGUCAGAGGAACCUACCCGCUUUGGCUUUGGUUGCCUCGGGAGUCGAGCUAUGGCAGGAAGCAGGAAUAUAUAUGAGAUUCUGGAGGGAGCCAUGGAUAAAGACAACAUAAGUUUUACUGAAGCAGCAAGAACUGCUGGAUAUCUAAAGGAAGGGGAGGACUUGAAAAGUGUGGCAGUGACGAAUGAAACAUACUCUGGCUUUGUCGAAUUGCACAUAGAGCAAGGGCCGACCCUGGAGAAUGAAGGCAUCGCAAUCGGUAUAAUCACAGCCAUUGCAGCCCCAGCAAGUCUAAAGGUGGACUUCAAGGGCGAUGGAGGUCAUGCAGGAGCGGUCUUGAUGCCUUUCAGGAAUGAUGCGGGUCUAGCAGCUGCUGAGCUUGCGGUGGCUGUCGAGCAACAUGUACUAGCAUCAGGAUCAAUCGAAACUGUUGGUACCACAGGAGUAAUGCAGAUUCAUCCCGGAGCUGUGAACAGCAUACCACGAGAGGCGCACCUUGAGAUAGAUGUUCGCGACAUCGAUGAGGAUAGGAGAGACAUGGUGGUGGAGAAAAUACAUCAAUCUGCCAAGGACAUCUCUAACAGGAGAAACGUCGAACUCCAAAGCUUCGACGUCGUGAAUCAAGAUCCUCCUGCUCAAAGUGGUGCCACCAUAGUCGAGGCUGCCACUUCCGCAAGUGCCGAAUUAGGGUUCAAAUCCAAGCACAUGAUCAGCCGAGCAUACCAUGACUCAUUGUUCAUGUCGAGGAUAACGCCGACGGGUAUGAUAUUUAUUCCUUGCCACAAAGGUUACAGUCAUCGACCGGAUGAAUAUUCAUCCAUGGAGGAUAUAGUGAGAGGAGUGCAGGUUUUGGCGCUCACUCUUGCCAAACUCUCUCACAAGUCUUGAAGUUUCUCCGUUUUCCUGUCGUCUGAGUGUCUAUAUGUACAUUCAUGUACAAUGAAAAAUAAAUUAAAAGCUUCCUGCGUUCGACGUUGAGUUCGCCUAUGGAUCAACCACGUUUACUACACCUCAUGUUCAGCCCACAUGGAAAUACUACAAUGCGUGGG